AUGGCAGACUUCUUCAGAUGGGCCCACCCGCUCUUCUUCAGCAUCAUUGUAGUGUUUGCGAUUAUUGAGUUGAGCAUUUCCGCUUGGCUCGUCGCAAAGUACAACGCCCGUCACAACUUCACCCACCGGUCCCUUCGCACUCGUGUGCGGUACACGCUUUUUGUCUCGAUAUGGACCGUCUUAUUUGGGACCAUCUUCCUGAUCAUGUUUUUGGUGGCAUCGACGGGAUUCAUCCUGACGAGCAUAGCGACCCAUGGUAUCUUUGUAUUCAUGACUUGGGUUCUAUGGGUAGCGGCGGCGGCGGCGGUUACGCAGUCGGUAGGGGGGAAUUUGCAUUGCAGUACCCAAACUGAAUUCGUCUACUGCGGUCAUCUGAACGCCCUUAUAGCGUUUGCUUGGAUGAUAUGGAUUUUCCUAACGUUCUUGCUGGUAGCUAUAAUUGUACGAGGCGUGAUCGUCGUGCGCAGAGGUGAAGGAUACGGGGGUGGUUUGGUGGAUGAGUGA